GCGAUUGUACAUUACACGUAGCUUUUGUAUAUUGUUUAAGAGAAAAACCUAAUUAUUUUGUAUUUUUGUAAUUAAAAAUUUUCUCAAUCGAAACAAAUUUAGUUGAGUUUUUCUCAUUUAUGUGAGAUGACGUAAAAAAUGUGGUGAAUAUUCGAUAUUAAAAAAAAAUUACGCAGAUAUUUGUUUUUAGUAUUUUUUUUUUGUUUCUGUGCGGAAUUGUAAAUAAAUUGUAUUGACGGAACCAUUGAUUAAAAAAGGCCAAAAUGUCAGACAACGAUCCGAUUGAAACUGGGACACACAUAGAUACGGGCGAUGAUCAGAUUUCAGUCGAUUCAACACGAGGCAGCCUAACAAAUUUACAGCAAAAUUUUAGCCAACAGCAGGCUAAAAUUACAGCGUUGAAAGAGCUUGUUCGACAGUCCGAAGAAGAUCAUGGUAAAAAUACGGCGAGCGCCCAAGAGAAGGCGAAAAAUAUAGCACAGCGAUUAACACAUCUAAAAUCGAAGACAUCACGAUCGAGACAGACGAGUGAAAAAUCGUUCACCGAAAUACGAGAAGAAAUAUCGAUUGAAAGUUGUAGUAGCGGUAGCAUGAGUAUGAUUGAAACUGAAAGUGUAGACCGAUCUGUUGUGACGCCAAUUCAACGAAGGCGCUCCGAGGCGCCGGGCAGUGAAAAGAUUCAAUUAUUACGCCAGCAAAUGGAGCAGAAUCGUUUGCGUAUGGCCGAACGAGAAUCGAAUAAACGUGGCAUCGAAGAAAUGGUGACCCAAUUAAAGGCCAAAUUCAAUAGUUCACAACAGUCAUUGGAUCGUUCGCAUUUAUUGGGCAAUUCAAUUGGUGAUUUAUCGGCACUGUCGACAAAAUCAUUGAAACAUCAAUCGGUUGGCGAUUUAAGUGGCGGUUUUAAUUUGGAACGUGAACGAAUUAAAUACUUGGAAAAGCGUAUCAAACAUUUGGAAAAUGAGAUGAAACAAAAAGAACAUGAAUUUUUACACCGAGAUCCAGAUUCCGAACAAUCGAAAAUGAUUCAACAAUUAAAUGCUCGCAUUUUGGAUUUGGAAGAGAAUCUUAAAGAGAAAGACGGUCUCAUCGAUGCAAAAACCAAAGCAGCCAAUCUGAUAUCCGAAUCACUGUCGCUUAAAGGCAAAGAUACGGUUGAUUUGCUAGAAGAGACUAAACAGGAAAUGGUUAAAAUGCAAGAGAAUUUCGUGGCCAAUGAAGAUGAAUUGAAUAAACGGAUUGCAGCACUUGAGAAAGAGAUACAGUCCAAGGAUAAACGUAUUGCCAAUUUGGAAGAGGUUAACGAUAUACUGGAGACGGCUCGCUUUGAUUUAACGCUUAAAAACUCUGAAUUGGAUAGUAAAACUGGCAGUGUUGAGGACUAUGCUAACAAAUUGAAUGAAUUGAAUAAAAUCAAUGAGACACUUCAGCAUCGCAUUGAAAGCCUCGAAAAUGAAAAAGAAGAAUCAGCAACAACAACAAUGGCAACGACCUCAACCGAAGAAAUUGAUGUGUCCGAAUAUGUGCAUCAAAUUCAACAACUUGAAACCCGAAUUGCUACUCUUGAAAGUGAAAAUGAUGAUUUGAAGAAAUCUCUUCAGUCGGCAUUGAAUACGCCCGCCUCCGAUGCCAGCGAUCAAGAACGAAUUAAUAAUUUGGAAGCAACCAUUUCGGCCCAGAAAGAGGAUGGUGAACGUCUUUCGAAUUUACUUCAAACCACCCAGGAUCAACUCAUGGAGAAGACUGUCGAAUACAACGUUCUAAUGGCAAAUUUCAAUGUUUUAGAUGAAAAAUUAAAAUCAUAUGGUCCAAAGUCAAUAUUUUCAAAAUCAACGGACGAAGAAGCACAAGCGGAAAUAAACAAACUCACCAAACAACUGGAUGAUGCCAAUAAAACCGGCAUCAAAACCAAGUUGAAAAUGAAACAGUUGCAAAAGCAAAUCGAUACAUUCAAAAAGACAUCGGAUACAAAUAAGGAAUUAGUUAAAUUAAUGGAUGAAAAUCAACGACUUGGCGAAAAACUAAAGGAAUUAGAAACAGAAAUUGCGUCGCUAAAGAGUCAAUGCUUAGAAUCGGCUGCUGAAGACGGUGAUGGUGAUCAUAAUAAGAGCACCCAAGAGCUGGAGGCGAAGAUUAAAGUAUUGGAAACAACAUGCCAAAAUCAAACAUCGGCCAUUCAACUGUUGGAGGAGCAAAAGCUCGAUAUGACGGCCGAUUUGAAUGAAACCAAAACCGAAUUGACAUCGUUGAAGGGUCACAUCAAAGAUAAAGACAAACAAGACGUCACGUCUGAAAUGGAUUCCAUUGCGAAUGAAGAACGCAUUGAAUCGUUGCUCAAGGAAAUCGACGCAUUAAAUGGGCAAAUCAAUCGAUUGGUGGCCGAAAAGAAAGAUCUGAAAUCGAAAUUGGAUCGAUAUAUUAGUGAAAAUAUGGAAUUAUUAGAGAAAAUCGAUAAACUAAGCAAAGGCAGUUCGGUUGAAUCAAUCGAAAUUCUGGAGCGUCUCACACAAGAAGAGAAACUUGAAAUGGAUCGUUUGCAACAAGCGGCAGAAACAAAUAUCAUCGAACGGCAAGAAAAUUGUGAUCACACCGAUGAUAUUUCAAAUGCACCGCAAUCCGAUUGCCAUGAAUCGAUCAAUGACAAUGCUGACGAUUCACAAAAAAAACUUGAGUCGCUUCUUGAGGAAAAUCGGCAAUUUUCACAAACGAUUGAUGAUUUACGCGCCGAAAAGGUUCGCAUACUUGAAGAACUUGAUAAAUCCAAAGCGGCCAAUCUAUCAACACUAAAGGAAAUGAGCGAAAUCCAAGGUGAAUGCGAUAAAUUAGCGGUCACCAUUAAAGAAGUAGAAGAAGUAAAAUUGAAAUUAGAAAAUGACAUUAUUCAACUGACAAAGGAACGGGAUUCAGCAUUGGCUAGUUCAAAAUCCAAAAAGCAAGAUGAACCACUUGUCGAUAGCAGCACAUAUGCGACGGGACUGAAGAAUCUUUGCUCCGAACUUGAUAAUUAUCGUAGUGCCAAGGAGAAAAACGCCAAGGUGGCUGCUUCAAAGAAAUUGGCAAGAGAGUCAAAGAAUAUGGCCGAACUGAUGGAAAAACUGCUAUUGAGCUAUAAUAGUAGCGUUGAAGAACUGGAGACAUUCAAGGCAGAAGUUGAAGGUGAACGUACCUCUCGGGCUGAACUCGAAAAGAGUCAGCUUUGUGCCAGCGAUAAAGAGGAGGAAAUCAAGGAGCUGAAACAACAAAUCGAUGAACUGCGCGAAAACAAGGAGAACCUCAAAUCAAAAUGUGACGAUUUAGAGCAACAAGUCGAAACACAGGAGAGCUCACACAAUAAUCUCGAAAAGUCGGUAGCUGAGCUAAAAUCCGAAAAUGAUCGAUUGAACGAGCAAAUAAAGAGUCUUCAAAUGGACCUGGACGACGCAAAAGAAAGUGAUUUCCAAGAAUUGCAAAAACAACGAAAAGAAUUCGAUAAUUUAUUGGAAUCAAAUAAAAAGGAGUUGGAAAUUUUGCGUGAUUUAGUCAACGAGCAAAAGCAACAAUUGAUAACUGCAUAUACCGAACAUGAGGUGGAGCAGAAUCAAAAAGAAGCUCAAAUUGCAUCGUAUACAGAACAAAUCGAGAAACUUCAACAAGAAUUGCGUGAUGCUCAAUCGCAGAUGCAGAAUGCAAAUGCCAGCUAUGCCGAUGAAUUAAAUGAGAAAAUCACUACAUUGCAAUCACUGUUGGAUGAAAAUAAACAAUUGAUUGAACAACAAACUGCCGAUUUAGAUCAUAAACAAUCAACCAUCGAAUCAUUGAAUCAACAAAUCAUGGACUUAUACAAAUCAAUGGAAUCGCAUACCGUUGAAUUGGCCGAAAGAGACGAUGAAAUUGAACUAUUGCAAUCGCAAAUCGAUAAAAAUAAGGCCGACAUCAAGAAAAUGAAUCAAAAUAAUUUGGCCAGUGAGCGCAAAGCAAAAGAAUUGGAUUCGGCAUUGAAACGAAAGGAGACCGAAUGGCAAAAAGAGUUAACGGAAAAGAUGAAUGAAUGGGAUAAACAGCGGCAAGAGCUUGAGACAAAGAAUAAAGAGCAAUUGGAGAAAUUGAAAAAGUUUGCUGCCAAUUUGAAGAAGAGAAAUGCCCAGUACAUCGAAUUAGAGCAGAAAUUCAAUGCAUUGUCAAAGGAAAGCCAAGUGGAACAGGUCAUAGUGCCACAACAAGUUCAACAGGUGGAAAGUGUUCCGUUGCAGCAGACAAGCAAUGAUUCGGAAUUGCGUGAGAAAAUUUCACAUUUGGAACAAGAAUUGCACGAGUCUUUAGCAAACACCGUGACUCUUCGCGAUGACAUCGAUCGUAAGGUGGCCGAAGUCGAAAAUCUUAAAUUAUGUUUGAGCGAAAAGACUCAUUUAUUCGACGAAUUGUGUGCAAAUUUGAAUGCCAAACAGAAUGAAAUCGCCGAACUUCAAGGGAAAUUAGUUGAAUUACAAGCGGUCAAAGAGGAGCUUACCAAAACCGCUGACGAUUUGAAGGCGAAAAAUAUUAAAAUCGAAAAGUGCAAAGCCAUUAUAAAGGAGAAGAACAAGGAAAUCAAACGUCUUCAAGAGCUUGAACAGGCAAUGCUAAAUAAAGAAUCGUCCGAAGUGUCUGCCAAUGAAUUAAAACUGCAACUUGAUCAAGCGCAAAGUGAAAAGGAUAAAAUCAACGAAGAUUUUGAGAAUUAUCGCUCGUUUAUUGAGACAAAACUUCAAAAUAGCGAUUUGGUGGUGGAAUCAAUUGAAACAGAAAAUGCACAGUUGAAAGAUCGCAUCGCUCGAUUGGAGGAGAGUAUAUGCAAAGCCGAAGAGAGACGAUCGUCACUUGAACGCCAUUCCGAAUUGUUGGGCUCACAAUUGAAGGAAAAACAAUCACAAAUUGAAAACGCCGAAGAUGAGUACGCUGAACGAUUACGCACUUUGGUCGGUCAGGAUGAGAUCAUCGAGAAAAAACUUCAAGAUAUGGAGAGCGAACGAGACGGUUUGCUAGAGACAUUGAAAGACUAUGAAAAUCAAAUGAAUGAAUGGAGCGGAAAGAACGAGGAAUUAGAACAACGCAUUUAUGAAUUGGAAUCAACAAAACUGGUCGAAUUGGAGGAAGAGAACAAAGAGCUAUCCAGUCGCAUUGAGAAAAUUGAAAGUGAACUCACUCGCAAACAACAUGAAUUCGAUCAAAAGAUUACCGAAAAACAAACGGAAUUAUCCGAAUUGGAGAAUGAACUGAGCAAUCAUUUGCAAAGCAUUGAAAGGGAUCGUCGUUCGAUGCAAGAGAAUUUGGAGAAAUCGAUCGAAGAGAAUGCACUGCUGCAGGAUCAAAUUGUGCAAUUGCGUGAAUCACAAUCCAGCCUUGAAUUGAGUAGAAAUGAAUUGGAAAAAGAAAUGACAUGGGUAAAGAUGCAAAACGAUACAAUGACUCAAGAUCAACUUGAAGCCCAAGAAUUGCGCAUGCAAGUGGUACAGGAUCAAACUGAAGUUGAUAAUUUGCAUGCACAAAAUUUGGAAUUGGUUGAAAAACAUACGUCCGAAUUGAAUUUGCUGCAAAUUCAGUUGACCGAAGCUGCAGAGGCACGUACCGUCGCCGAAGCCGAAGUUGAACGCAUCAAUUCGAUGCUGGCAACAGUUAGAGAUGAUUCAAUUCGUGAGUUGGACACAUUAAAGACGCAGAUAUGCGAAGAUCAAACGGAAAUUGUGAAUCUUCGCUUGAGAAAUGAUCAAAUGGUGACUGAUCAUGAAAAUGAAAUUGCCAAUUUACAUUCACGCAUCACCGAAUUGAGUGCAUCGUACGAACAUUUGCAACGUGAUGCCAGCGAAGUGGAAAGUCUUCGAAUGCAUAAGCAACAAUUGGAAACGGAAAUAACAUUGUUGCGACAGCAAAUUAGUGCAUUGGACGCACUUCAAAUGAAUGUUGGCCAGAAUAUUACACAAGACCAAAUGGAAGUGCAACAAUUAAGGUUGCAAAUUGCACACGAUCAAACCGAAAUCGAAACGUUGCGACAUCAAAUUCAACAAUUGCAUGCCAAUCAUGAAAGUGAAUUGGCCGCAUUGCGUCAACAAAUUGCAGAAUUGGACUCGCUUCGCAUGCAAGUCGGUCAAAAUCAAACCGAUGACCAGGUAUUCAUUCAAAACGAAAACGAACGCUUGCAAUCACUGUUGGCCGAAAAGGAAAUUGAAAUUCAAAAUUACCAACGGCAAAAUCUACAAUUGCAAAUGUCAGCCGGAGGCAUUUCGAACGAUCCAUUCUCCUCAUUCACAAACACCACGUCUGACAUGAACGAUGUAAUGACACUUAAUUCAAAAGUAUCCGAAUUAGAAACACGUUUAGAAAAUACGCUACACGAAAUCGCCGACUCAAAAGCACGAUACACAGAGUUGCAACGGCUCUGCAUGGAAAAGGACAGUGAAAUCGCUCGUCUACAAGAGAGAAAUCACAAUGUUUCAAGUGGAUCGGAGAGUAUUGCAAACGAACCGAUUAUGGUGAGUCAUCAAACACAAGCGUUGAAUGUUUCUCCAUUUGAAAUACAAGCUCCAAUCGAACCGGCCGCCAAUCCGAAUAUAUCGUCGAGCGGAAAUCAUGGACAACAAAUUGAAGAUCUUCAACGAAAUGUGUCCGAUUUGGAGAAAUACGUCACCGACUUAGAACAUAAAUUGAAAGCGGCCAAUGAAGAAAUCAUGAAGCAUCAUGUUGAACGUACCAAUUUCGAUAAAAUUUUAUCGACCAAAGCAAAGCAAUACGAAGACGAGCUAACUACGUUGAACUCAUCAUUAGCUGAACUCAGAGCGCAAUUAGUUUCGGUGCAAGAAACCAAUACAGCAACGGAACAAGUUUCUAUUCCAACUCACCAAGUUUCCCAAUUGCCAAGUGCUGCUUCAUUCUUUUUUUCACCAAAUGAUGACAAUCCAUUUGCUUCAAUCACAAGUAACUUCCAAGAGACCGGUGAACCCGACUAUUCCGGUCAAUUGCCUGUCGUUGAAGAGGCAAUCGUACCGAAAAAAGCCUAUGUCUGCGGUCCGGAGGAACAGCGCACUUUGUCACCGAUGAACGAUGACUGGGGAGAAUCUGCAUGGGGAAAUGAUGCCAUUUUGGAAGAACAACAUCAACAACAAUCGAUCAGUACAAAUCAAGCGGUUUUGAAUCAAGCUGCCAUCAAUCUGCAAAUUCAAAUCGAUGAAAUUCGAAAUGAACGUGACAAUAUUUCCAGUGAAUUGUCGUCGUUGCAAGUGAAGUAUCAAAAAUUAUUGAAAAAACUUAAAGAAUACAAGGUCAAGAUAGACGAGCAUCAACAUUCAAAAAUACAAUCGAAACCGUCGUUUGUUGAAUCAAACGACUUGGAUUUGGCCAUCCAAGAAGAGCUCAACGGUCAAAUCAAGGCUUUGGAACAAAAGUUGAAAGAAACAAAAGCCGAACAAGAGAAAGAUGUAGUAGAGAAGAAGAAACUUUUGAGCCGAAUCGAUGUGCUGACGGCGGCCAACGAUCGUAUGACGGAAAUGAAAGACAAACAAGAUAUUGAAAUUGAAGUGUGUAAAACAAAAAUACGUGAGUUGAAUGGACGAUUGGAAAAAUUGAAUGAAUGGGGUGAUGAGGGUGGUGCAAAACCGGGAAUGCAAGAUGAAAUUGCUGCUCGGUUGACCGAAUCACAAAAUCAAAAUCGAUUGCUUGAGGAGCGAAUUCAACGUUUACAAGCUGCGGCCGAUAAAGAUGAAUUUGAAGAUGAACGCGACCAGUAUUUCGACCAAUUGCGCGUUUUAACCGCCGAAAAAGUGUUACUGGAAGAAAAUAUUACAAUAAAAACCAACGAAAUUGAUAAAUUACAUGAAAAAAUGGUUGCACUUGAACGUCAAAAUAACGAUUUCAAAGCGACCAUUGAAAUAUUAUCGGAGGAAUCGAACAAUAUUAAAUUGCAUUUAGAUCAAUUGAAAGAUGAGCAUAAGCAAAAGAUCGAUGAGAAUACCAGUCUAUCGGAGAAGCUAACCGAAUUGGUUGAGAAAAAUGCAGCACUUGCCAAACAAGUCGAAGAGAUGCGUGUUUACAAUCUAAAUUCCCACGAUACCGAACAACGUAUUCAAGACUUGACCGCAAGUAUUCAGUACAAAGAUUCCGAAAUCAGUGCAUUUAAUGAGAAAUUAGAGAAUCAAAAGAAAACAUUUGAUCAAGAAUAUGAACGUUUGAAUAAAGAAUUGUCAAAUAAUGCCAAUACAAUUGCCGAGCUGCGUCAGCAAAUAGCUCGAGUGAUGGCCGAAAAUGAAAAUCUACUGAAGAACCAAGCACCAGUGACGCCACCACUAGAAAGUACAAGUACUGUUGAUAUUCAGAAAUUGCAGCAGGUUGUGAAUGAAUUACGCGAAGAGAAAGCAAAUAUGGAAGCUGAACUACAAGUGCUGAACGAUCAAGUGAUUAAAAAUUUAGAAAUUGAAGACCGAAUCAAGAGCACCGUUCUUGAAUUGGAUAUGAAAAAUAUCGAAAUUGCCGAAUUAAAAAAUAGCCUACAACAAAUUAAAGAAACACAACACAAUGCGUCGCCGGAUCCAAAUCAACAGCACCAAAUAACCGAAUUGGUUGGUAAACUGCAAGAGAAAGAUCUUUUACAUCAAUCAAAUGUCGAUUUAUUGAAUGCUCAGUGGCAACAAAUUGUUGAUCAAAAAUGCGCCGAAGUAGCGGACAGUUGGCGCCAACAUUUGCAAAUAAAAGAAGACGAAUUUGCAGCGGUGGGAAGUGAUUUACGUGAAAAACUUUUGCAAAUUGAACAGCAAUCAAAUACAACCAGUUCGACAACAUCCGAAACACAGAAUACACCCACCUCCGGUGAAUCACGUUCAGUUAUUCCAGAAUUACCCGAAUCCGAUGAUGCAAACGCCGAUCAAAGUGAAUUGAUCAAAACCAUGCAAAAUGCAUUGGAACAACAGGAAAUCGAAAUUGUCUCACUCAAAGAACAAUUGGCCAUUCGAAGUGCGGAAUAUGCACGAAUUGCCGCAUCUGUCGAUCCAUACGCUAUGAAAUCCACAUCGAGCAAUUUCUUCCCAUCGGUUAGUCAAACCGAAGAACAACCAUCCAAAGGUAAUGAAUUGGAUUUGGCACUGUAUAUGCUUCAUCAACGUGAUAUGCGAUGCGAAGAACUCACAGAAGAAGUCAUACAUCUACUGGACGAACGUGAUACAUUGCAACUGAAACUAUCUAAUUCCAUUCGUCAAUUUGAAGAAUUUAAACAAAAGGCCGGAGCUGAUGGCGUUGAUUCAUUGGAAUCAAGCACCAGCCCAGUAAAAUCGAAUCCAGCUUCUAGCGAUGCACAUUCUUCACACGAUGGCAGUUUUAACGAACCUUCGCAAAGCGAUAAUUUGGAUUUGAAAUUAUCCGAACUGCACAAAGUCAGUCAAUCCCGUGAUAAAACAUUGAAAGAGGAACGUGAGCAACGUCGCCGUCAAAUGAAUAUAUUCCAAAAAGAUAUGGCUAAUAUGCCACCAGAAGCGAUGGCUGAAUUAUUUGGACCAGAUUUUAAACCAAAUACACGAAACACCCAAAAUACAUCAUCAACAUUAAUGGAUUGGAUAUUGGGUCGUGGUGAUAAUGAACCAUACAACUGAUGGUUCAUUUUUAAAUCAAUCGAACUAUGCCCGGUGCACAGCUACAGUUUAAUUUGUUUUUGUUUUAAUUUAAAACGAUUUGGUUUUGAUAUUGGUGAUCUAUUUAAAAGCGACUCGUUUAACGACCUCAAAUUAAAGUAGCCCGAACACGAAAUGUAUUCAAAAGCCAAUAAAUAAAAACGUAGAGCAUGAUAAGCAAAACAGAAUGAAAAAUAUUAUUCAAAUUACCUGAAAAAAAAAUAUAUUUGUUUUAGAUUUUAUGGUUUAUCGUUAAUUGUAAAAGAAAAUAAAAAGUUGUGAAAAUUGAA